GUAUAAGGCCGAGAAGAAAAAGCAGAGUUAAGAAAGGCCAAUACCCCUCAGCCCAAGCCGCUGCAAAGGGGGGGGGGGGGGGGGGGGGAUGCCACGGAGAAGCCUGGACAAUGAGCUUGAUCCUGUUUGGAACGAAGGAUUUGAAAUCAAGGUCCAAGAUCCUCGUACCCAGAGUCUAACGGUCCGCGUUCUCGAUAAAGAAGUCGGCACACCAGAUGAGCUCAUUGGCGAGGCUCGGCUGCAGCUAGUCGGGUUGUUGGACAACCCAGGAAACCCGGAGGACAUAUGGCUCACUCUCUACAAAAAUUGCGAGAAUCCCAGAGAAGGAAAACCCAGAGGAAAGGUUCAUCUUGAGGUGGUAUACAGACCGUACGGUCCAGACGGAUCCCCGAUUGUGCCGCCGCUGAUUGCGCAGUCCGUCAGUUAUCAUGACAUGAACAAGCCAACGGAGCUCGAGCAAAUGCUCGGCAAUGUUUCGCCGGAUGAAAUGGCGGAUGCGUCAACGGUCUCCGAAAGACGGAUGUUUAUCAGAGGGGUACUCAUGGUAAAAGUAAUAAAAGCGAUAAAUCUCGAGGCAGCGGAUAUCGCAACAAGUACAAGUGACCCCUAUGUGCAAUUAUGGAUGAAGAAUAAAAGCGAGUCGAAGCAGCGAACGCAGGUGAUAUAUAAAGAGCUGAACCCGGUAUGGGAUGAAGAGUUUGAAUUCUUGGUCGAGAAUCCGAAUGAUGACAUGUUGAUGAUGGAGGUGUACGAUCACGACAUGUUUGGGCGAAGGGAUUUCCUCGGCAAGCUGUCGCUCACUCUCACCAGAGUAAUGUACCAUGGACAGUACAGCGGGGAAUUUCAGCUCGUCGGCGCAAAGCAAGGUAGCCUUGUGCUGGAGAUGCAAUGGAACCCGGUCCCCGUUUGAAACCGGGACUUCAAACCACCAGUACACGGCCCCAGCCUUGCAGAAUGUUUUUGACGCCACAAGCAAAACUCGGUGCGGCCGCCCGCCGUGGGGCGCCGUUGAAAAAAAAUAAAUAAAUGGGCGGCUUCUGAAGUGGUGCGCGUUUCAUGCUGAAUCACCCGCAGGUCAAUCUGUGGUGUACUGAUGCUUUAGGGUAUCCAAAAGAGAGAUCCCAAUCUCAGGUCCCAAUCGAUCUAGGGUCCCAAUCUAAGGUCUCAAUCCCUGGUCGCGAUCUAGGUCCAGAUCCCUGGUCCCAAUCGAUCUAGGGUCCCAAUNAGGUCCCAAUCGAUCUAGGGUCCCAAUCUAAGGUCUCAAUCCCUGGUCGCGAUCUAGGUCCAGAUCCCUGGUCCCAAUCGAUCUAGGGUCCCAAUCUAAGGUCCCAAUCUAGGGUCCCAAUCUAAGGUCCCAAUCUAAGGUCCCAAUCGAUCUAGGGUCCCAAUCUAAGGUCUCAAUCUAGGGUCCAGAUCCCUCCCCUGUAUAGGUCCCUAAUCCAUACCACCUACCGAUCUAUAUACGGUCUCAACGCUCUCGCUGUCUUGACCUUAUCCUCAUCAUCUCCCUUUCCCCCUCCCUCCUUCCCCUCCCCACUUCCUUCCUCCCACCUACCCCCUUCCCCCUCCCCCCUCUCCCCAAAUAAACGCAAGGUCCUUAUUCAAGCAAGAUGCUGUUUGAAGGUUGUGAUCUAUGAUUCCCAGUCUGAAGCCCCGAACUAAGAACCCAAUCUGAGAUCCCGAUCUCAGGUCCCAAUCCAAGCCCCAAAUCGUUUAGAUCGUCCAAUCCAAGGUCUCAUUCUUUGGUCCCAAUGAUUCAAAGUCCCAAGGAUUCCAAGGUCCCAAUCUAUCGAUCCCAGUCUGAAAGCCCGAUGUAGGAUCUGGAUCCCAAUCGUGUGAUGCAUUACAUACUGUGAGAGCCCGAUCUAAGAAUCCGAUUAAAAAAAAAAAAAAAGAGAGAAAAAAAAAAGCGGGAAGGGUUCCCGAGCUAAGGUCCCAAUCUUCAGUCCUCUGCUCCAGUGUCCCAUUCUAAGGCCCCAUUUUAAGGUCCCGGUCUAUCGUUCCCAAGUCGGAAGGAUCAAGAUGUAAGUUUCGCAUUGAAGGUCCCUCAGAUAAAACCAAAGCCUCAGUAUUUAGAUCCUGGUGGAAAAAAAAAUGAUCCUGUUCGAUGGUCGUUAUUCAUUCGUUCCGCGUCUGAAGCCCCGAUCACCGAUCCCCGAUCCAGCAUCUCAAUUUCGAGGUCUCAGUGGUAGGAUUCCAAUCGGCCGUCUGAGAUCCCCAUCCUCCAAGCUAAGGUCCUGCCUGACCUAUCAUCAUUGCAGCCCGUAGCCCAGAUCUCAGAUCCCAAUCUAAGGGUCCCAAUCCAAGGUCCCGAUUCCAAGGUCGGGGUCCCAGGUCCCAUCCUCCCAAGAUCCUGAUCUAUCAUUUCAGUCCCACGCCUGAUUUGGGAUUCCGAAUCCAAGUUCUC